AUGAAUCAGCACGAAAUUCCGAGUUCUUCGCCUGACGUUACUAAAAUUAAAGAAGCACAUAAGUCAGCAUUAGAUAUUGCAGAUCAUGUUAUUCAAGAAAGUUCUCUUGUCGAACAUUUUCAAAAUAAAGUUAACGAAGUACAGAUUGCAAGAGAACAAAUCAUCACACUCCAAUCUCAAUUGAAAAUUUCAGAAGAAGCGCAGCGUUUAAUGGAAGCCGAGUUUAGUUUUCAAAAAGAAGAAUACGAAAAAGAAAUUGAAAAGCACAAGAAGUAUGAAGAAGAGUUACAAAAUGAACUUAUCAAGAAAUGCAGUCAACAAACUACAAUAAAUGUCGAAGCAUUGAUUGCAAAAGAAAAAGAAAAAUAUGAAACGAAAACAAAGGAAUUACAAUCUCAAAUCGAGCAGCUUCAAACUAGUUUGAAUGAAGCUAAUUCAAAAAGUAAAUCUACAUCCGAAAAUCAAAUCGAUUUUUCCGAGAUUUCAAACGUUUCUGCAUCUUUACAAGCGAAAAUUGACGAAAGCAAUCAGAAAAUCAAACAGUUACAAGCUGAAAUACAGUCAAAAGAUCAAAUUAUUCGCUCUCAAGCAACUCAAUUAAAAGAAAAAGAAAAUUCGCUCUCUGAGUUAAAAAGCCAAAUAAAUACUACAAAUGAAUCUGUUCCUGUGGUUAUAGAAAAGCUGAGGAAUAGAUUAAACCGUGCAAAGGACAAAAUAACAGAAAUGCAAAAAAUAGAAGUUCAAAAUAAGAAAUUCGCUGAAAUUUUAACACAUUACGAAACCCAACGGGAGAUAUUAAACGAUAUUCUACAGACUAACGAUGAAAAUCCAAAACAAGAUUGGACAAAUCUACAAAAAGCAGCAGUCAAUGCCAUGGCCAUGUCACGAGAAUUACCAAAAGUCAAAUCACAGUUAGAAUCUGCUCAACAACAAGUUGAUUCCUUGAAACAAUCAAUGAAAGAUUAUAAUUCUUUGAAAGAUGACUUCAACGCGGCCAAAUCAAGGCUUAUAGAGCUCAAUAAUAUUAAUGAUAAAUAUAAUAAGCUUCAAAUCGACUAUAAUAUGCUGAAAUCUUCAGCAAAUCGAAAUGAACAAUUUUCUAGUAUGAUGUCAAUUAGAAAUAGAUGCGCAUUAGCGUUAAAUAUGUCUCAAAGAGAGAUAACUAAUGCAGUUUCUAAGCUCCAUACUUCAAUUACUGGAAAAACAGAAAAUAAUUUACGUCCAAUCGCUUUAUCUUUGUUCUUUAUCACAAGAUGGAGACGUAUUGCACAGCAUAGAACCCCAGAAACCGAAAUUGAUCCGAUGGCAUUAGUUGCUUUCUCUUCUUCAAACGGACAUUCAACAUUACUCAAAAUUGAUGCAAUUUGCAAGUCAUUUAUUGGCCUAACAAAUGAAGUUGUUUCAAUCAAAGCGAAGCUAGCUCGUAGCCAAGAAAAGAGACAAGCCAUGAAACAGAUAAUCAUUGAUCAGCAAACAGCAAGUGAGCAAGGAUAUGCCAAGCUUAAACGUGAAAAACAAGUUGCUGUUUUACUGAAAGAAAGAAUGAAAGAACUUCAAAAAGAAAUGUCGUUGUUGAUAAGUUCAGAACGUGCUGAAGAACUGAGAACAAGAAUAACAGAAUUGGAAGUUGAAAAUGAUAAAUUGACAUCCGAAAACCAAGAAAUGGAUGAAACAAUUAAUGAACAAGCUGCGGCCAUCGAUAAAUUGUCCGCUCAAUUGGUCGAAGCAGAAGCAUCGAAGAAUUAUUCUGGUAAAGAAGUUGAGAGGCUUAAACAAUUGGCUUCUAAGAGAGAGAAAGAAGCAGAAGUUCUUGAUGCAAGAUUGAAAGAAAAGACAAGAGAUAUGUUGGCAUUAGAAAGAUAUGCUGUGCAAACUGAAAACAAUCCAUUCAAGAGAGGUGCCGAAAGUUCUUCCACAACGAUUGUGACUAAGGUAAAUGGAAAAUUCCUUCCUAGUCAAUAA